AUGGGUUUGUUCGAACCCCAAAUCAUAUUUGUCAUGAUUCGAAAUUUGUCCCGUCGAGUUCCGGUGCUUCGACGGUUCUCGUCGAAGGCUGAUGAUGUUGUUUAUGUGGAUCCGAACGACCCCAAGGUUGAUACCAAGCAGUUCUUUGAGUACCAAACCGGCCGCUGGCUUGAGAACGACAAGGCGGAGAGAGAGCAGCGCACGACCAAGUUUUCUCUCAAUGGCCUUGUAGAGGUUCUCAAGCAAAAAGUUGAUUACUUGGAAAAGACCCCUGAGCACAAAGAUUUUGGAGUUCGUACUAUUGAGCCCUAUUUUGAGGGUAAGCACAACAAGCUCUACAAGCUCGUUCUCAAUGAUAUGCGCACCUACAUCUUACGCAUCCCUUAUGCAGUUGGCCAUGCCGAAUACCGUGAGAAACGCCUUCUCUCUGAGGUGGCCACUAUGGACUUUAUGCGCAAGAAGCACGACAUGCGUCUCCCCAAUCCUGUUGCUUGGGAAGCCACGGCCGCUAAUCCCGCAGAGACUGCCUUUAUGGUAAUGGACUAUGUCAAGGGUGAAAAACUCAUGAGCCAGUGGAAGCCAUGGGUUGAAGAAAUGCAGGAGAAGGCUGCAAUCAUCAAACCAGCUGCUGAUUUUGUUGACAAACUUGUGGCCACCGAGUUCAGUAAAUACGGUUCUUUGUAUUUCACCGAGGACGUGGAUUCAAAGUACCAGACCGAUCUUCCUUAUGUUGGCGAGACGGAUAAGGAGCUUGUUGAUCGCUGGAGAAUCGGUCCUUCUGUCGAAAAACGAUUCUGGAAGGGCCGUACUCCUGAGAUCGGUGCCGAGUUCCGUGGCCCCUGGAACACCUAUAGUGAGUAUCUCCAGGACACUGCUCGGGUUCAGCGUGCUUAUGUUGAGGAUUGGAUUGCGCAGAAUCCUAGCAGCGAGCUUUUGCAGAACGCAAAGAAAGCAGUUGAGCGUUAUGAGAAGCUCGUGCCCUCGCUAUUUGUUGAAGGUGAGUUUGCCGCUGAUCUUACCUCCCCUCGCUUGCACCAUCCUGACGUGUCCCCAUUAAACAUGCUUGGACAGGACAAUUUAAGUCGUGUCUGGCUUAUUGACUUUGAGAACACUGCCAUUCGCCCGUUCAUGUUGCACGGAUUGCCCUGGUUCGUUCGUAACCCCGGCGAGAAGAUUUACAAGAAAGAAGAGGUGCCCAAUUACGACCAGCUUCCCGAGCAUGAGCGAGCAAUUGUUGACCAUUACAUUCGUCUUACUCAGAACGAGUUUACUUUCGAGUAUUUCUUCCACAAAUUGCGUCCCACUCUUUUCCAGGCCCUCAACCCCAGUAUUAAGCGUCGUGAAGAGGUUGUCAGUCGUGCCCUUGCCUGCGACAUUGAUACUGGAUUCUACAAUGAUCUUGACUUUGCUAUCUAUAAGUUAUGUGAAAUGUGGUCAUUCCUGAAUAUUGAGCCCUCUCGUGCUUUCCCCGUAUCUUAUACCGACGCGGAGCUCGAAACUAUCAGUAACAAUGUUACUGCUUGGAACAGCGAGCUCACUCGUAACCCGUCUCUCGAGAACAAAGGUUUCUUGUCUGCCCGUGAGUUUGACAAGCAUCUUGGUGAGGGUAACCUCGUUCCCAAAUGUGACGGUAGCUAUGAGUUUACUUCUGAGUUUUUGGACAAGAUGGGUAACUUUACCCCUUAG